CAGGUAUUCAUUCGUAUUACAAUGCUUCUUAAGCAAUUCUGUAUCCUGUUAUCUCUGGCUGUUCUAUGCAAUGUGAUUUCCUGCAAGAAAAAAGAGGAGAAAUGUCAUCUAAAACCUGAUGCAGGUUUAUGUCGUGCAUAUAUACCCUCUUUCUAUUAUGAUGCAGCCGCUAAAAAAUGCAAAGAAUUCAUCUAUGGUGGAUGUAUGGGAAAUGAUAAUCGUUUUGAAACAGAAGAAGAGUGCAAGAAAGCUUGUGAAGGAAAGUAAAAAAAAUUAUUGCUUAUCCCCUACUGGACAAGAAAAUUUGAAUACUCCAAAUGAAAGUUUUACAAUUGAAAAAAAAUGAUUAAAAAGAAGAAAAAGUAUUUUUUGUAUUUAUAAAAACUCUACACUAGAGUAGUUAUUGUAAUGAUG